AUGACACAGACGGCGACGGUAGCGCCACAAGAAGACAUUGUCAGCAAAGAAAUCGAGCUACUGCAACAACCGCCAAAACCUACUUAUCUCGAUGAACCAAUCACGUUGGCAAAUUGGUAUAAACAUGUAAAUUGGCUACAUGCAACUCUAUUGACUAGUACUCCAUUGUUGGCUAUCUACGGUCUCUAUACAACACCAGUUUUGCCAAAAACCUUUCUUUGGUCUUUCAUUUAUUAUUAUUGUACUGGACUUGGGAUUACUGCGGGCUAUCAUAGAUUAUGGGCUCAUCGAGCAUACACAGCAUCUAAACCACUUCAACUACUACUUAUCGCAUUUGCAUCAGGUGCAGUAGAAGGUUCAGCGCGUUGGUGGUGUCGUGACCAUAGAGCUCACCAUCGUUAUACCGAUACUGAUCGUGAUCCUUAUAAUGCUCAUCGCGGUCUUCUUUAUUCACAUGUGGGAUGGAUGUUCAUCAAACAAAAUCCACAACGAAUUGGUCGUUCCGAUAUCUCAGAUUUGAACGCCGACCCUUUACUAAGAUUCCAACACAGGCAUUACGGUCUAUUCGCAUUGACAUUCGGCGUAUUAUUCCCAUGGGCAGUCGCUGGUUUCGGCUGGGGUGACUGGCGAGGUGGAUUCUUUUUUUCAGCAAUCGCACGUCUUGUGUUUGUUCAUCAUGCUACUUUUUGCGUAAACUCUUUGGCUCAUUAUCUCGGCGACACAACUUAUGAUGACAAACAUACUCCGCGUGAUCAUUUUGUUACAGCAUUUUUGAGCUUGGGCGAAGGAUAUCAUAAUUUUCAUCACGAGUUCCCACAAGACUAUCGAAAUGCUAUCCGAUUUCAUCAAUAUGAUCCGACUAAAUGGUUGAUUAGAAUUUCUUCAUGGUUUGGUCUCGCGUCGCAUCUUAAACAAUUCCCAGAUAACGAAGUGCAAAAAGGUCAACUGUACAUGAUACAAAAGAAAUUGGAUGCUAAGAGAGUAACUUUAAAUUGGGGAGUUCCAUUGGAAAAAUUGCCAAUAUUCACAUUUGAAGAAUUUCAAGAAAUAUCAAAAACCAAGAAUUGGACUCUAAUCGAAGGAAUUAUUCACGACGUCACAAAUUUCAUGGACGAGCAUCCUGGUGGUAAGGCAUUCCUUCGAUCGUCAAUAGGUCGAGAUGUGACCACGGCAUUUAACGGUGGCGUUUACGAUCAUUCGAAUGCCGCACGGAAUUUGAUGUCAAUGCUACGUGUAGGAGUUAUUGCUGGUGGUGGUGAAGUUGAACAUCGAAAGACAAAAUAA